CUGAUAUCACCUUGAAAGAAGAGGCCAUCAGUGAUAAGUAGAUUACGACUCCAGCAACACAAACCAAACCAUCACCAUGAAACACUUCCUGAGGAUGUUUGUCCAGGUAUGCCUGUACUUCUACUGCAAAUGUUUGUGGCGCUGCCUGAAAUUCGUGGUCAGGAAACUAACAGGUCGAUGUGAAUUGCAGAGGAUCUGUUACAACACCAAACCUGGAGCUGCCAGAACUAUGAAAAUAGAGGCAUCGCUGAAAGGCUCAAAAAGUAAGCGGCUGCAAACUUCAGUAAGUGUUCAUCCUGAUGCUAUUGAAAAAACUAUAGAUGACAUCAUGGAGCUGAAAAGGAUUAAUCCAGAUAUAAAUCCACAGCUGGGCAUAUCUCUUCAGGCCUGCCUGCUGCAGAUUGUGGGGUACAGAAAUCUGAUUGCAGAGGUUGAAAAGCUGCGCAGAGAGCCGUAUGAUUCAGAGAAUCCGCAACAUGAGGAAAUGCUUCUCAAGUUGUGGAAAUGCUUGAAGCCCAAUUCGCCGCUGAAAGCUCGGAUUUCGAAGCAGUGGUGUGAAAUUGGUUUCCAAGGUGACGAUCCUAAAACAGACUUCAGAGGGAUGGGUCUUCUGGGCUUAUAUAACUUGGUGUAUUUUGCCGAAUGGGACACCGAGGUAGCUCAGCAAGUUCUCUCUGAUUCUCUUCAGCCUAAGUACAGCCAAUUCAGCAAAGCCGAAUGGGAGAAGAAAAAGUUUGAUAAGGCCAUCGGCUAUUCAUUUGCGAUUGUGGGCAUUAACAUAACAGACCUCGCAUACAAUCUGCUUGUGAGCGGAGCUCUGAAGACCCAUUUCUACAACGUUGCUCCAGAAGCACCAACACUAACUCACUUUCAGCAGACGUUCUGCUACUUAAUGCAUGAAUUCCACAAAUUCUGGAUUGAAGAGGAUCCUCUGGACAUAAUGGAGUUCAAUCGCGUCAGAGAGAAAUUUCACAGGCGAAUCUUGAAACAGCUCCAGAACCCAGAGAUGGCUCUGUGCCCUCAUUUUGCUGCAUCAGAAAGUUUAGUCAAUAUGUAGUUACUCACCCAAUUUUAUUUGGAAACACUGCCUCACUCCUGUGUUAGAUCACUGUUUAGACCAUCACUAGCAUACUGAAUGACCAUGGCGAUUGUAUGCAUGUUUUUGGUGCAGUAUUCAUCUACUUUUGUCACACAUGCUAGGUCCCCUUAUGCUUCUCUUGUCGGGGAUUUCUCAUUUCAAAUGGACGCUCAUAUUGCAGCAUUUUGCAGCAUUACAUUAUGAAUUGAUGUCCAGGUAUCAGAGUUUUUCUAUUUUUUUAGACUUUCCUCAUAAUUCAGCAUUGACAAUUGCAUUGUAUUUCUCUAGUUGUGUUUUUGUAUAUGUGGAAUUAGUAGCUGGAUCUUGUAUUGUGAAAGCUUUUUAACUUCUUGGUAUGUUUUAAGAUAACUACUGGCAUUUCAAGCGAAAUACAUGUUUGGACCUCGUCUAGAAGAUAAUGUGUGUAAUUUAAUCUGAUGCAGGCAAACACAUUAAAGUCCAAUUUUGUCCAUGCAGCCAUAUAUGCUUAAUGCAGAAUUAAUGAGGCUUACGAGAUACAAGUUUUAGUGAGAAGAGUUUAUGCAGAAUUACAAUCAGACUCCACAGCUGCAUGAAUACCAAAUGAUCUGGUGAUGCUAAUACAUUCACAGUGAACUGCAAACACACUUACACAACUACUGGAUACUGGUAGGGGCCAAAAUGAUAUCAACAGGCUGUUGUCACCAACACCACCAUGCUUAAGCAUGGUCUGAAUUCCUGCACAUUCCUUUGAAGAUACAGGGGUUGGUAUUUUGUGUCACAUGUUGGAAGGCCACGUGGUUUGGUCACGUAGUGCUUGGUGAAUUCAGGGGAGCAAAAAUCUAUUUAUUUUUCUGAAGUACUGAAAAUGUUGCUUUGGUUCUCAAUUCAGUUCCUAAGGACUGGGAGAAAUAAUUGAUUAGACGGUGUAGGACAAAACCACUUGAUUUUCCCAGACUAAUUACAAAAAAAAAAUUAAAAAUGGCAAACUGCCUCUUUUCUAAAAAAAUAAAUGAGUAAAAGUGUCUGAUGCUAAGAUUGUGUAGUAUAUUGAAGAGCAUUUACCAUGGCAUUUCACACCCAUGGUAUUUUUUACCUUCUAAGCAAUCAAUUUUAGUAUUAUAUGUUUGUGUAAAUCACUUGCAUAUGGAAAUUAAAUUGAGUAGUGUCCAACUACUUGUGAAUUACGAAUAAAUUAUAUGUCAUUCUAAACU